AUGUCGUACUGGUUAUUUAAGUCCGUUAACACUUCACGGCCGUUGAGCGGAGAUCAAGCCCGGUACUCAUGGAGAUUGCGGUCAAAACUGAUAGCUACCGUACCGGCCAUAGUGGAUAGGAUAUUCAAAGCAGUAAGUGAUGAGGUUGCAGCGAAUCCGCGUCUGAUGCAAGAACUUUUCCGGCUAAAUUAUGAACGAAAGACAGCACGAUACGAGGAAGGAUACUACAGUCCAUUCUUGGACAGGUUCGGCGCUUACAAAAAUGCUUGCAUGGAUUUUUAG